AUGGCCACCACGUCACGCAAAGACACAAAAGUCAUUGUGGUAGGUGGUGGAGGCACGAUGGGAUCCUCGACAGCCCUGCAUCUGCUGCGUUCGGGCUACACGCCAUCGAACAUCACAGUGCUCGACACCUACCCCAUACCAUCUGCGCAAUCGGCCGGAAACGACUUGAACAAGAUCAUGGGAAUUCGAUUGAGGAACAAGGUUGAUCUGCAGUUAAGUCUGGAAGCGAGACAGAUGUGGACAAAUGAUGAGCUCUUUAAGCCAUUUUUUCAUAACACUGGACGGCUCGACUGUGCACACACGGAGUCCGGCCUCGCAGAACUCAAAGAAGCUUAUCAAAGACUGCUGAAUGCAGGUGUGGGCCUUGAAAACACCACCGAAUGGCUCAACAACGAAGAAGAAAUCUUGAAAAAGAUGCCGCUCCUUGAGCGUGAAAACAUCAAAGGCUGGAAGGCUGUCUUCAGCAAAGACGGAGGCUGGCUCGCUGCAGCACAAGCCAUCAACGCCAUCGGUGAAGAGUGCCAACGCCAGGGCGUGAAAUUCGGGUUCGGCGGUGCUGGUACCUUCAAGAAACCUCUAUUUUCACAGAACGACAGCUCCGACUGCGUGGGCGUCGAGACCGCCGAUGGGACGCAGUACUAUGCUGACAAGGUUGUUCUCGCCACGGGAGCAUGGAGCCCUGCUCUCGUUGAUUUGGAAGAUCAGUGUUGCUCAAAGGCAUGGGUGUAUGCCAAAAUCCACCUUACCCCCUCAGAGGCCCUACCCUAUGCCGACACCCCCGUCGUGUACAACCCAGACAUAGGUUUCUUCUUCGAGCCUGACGCCUCGGGCGUCAUCAAGAUCUGCGACGAGUUCCCGGGCUUCACCCACAACGUCCUGCACCAACCGUACGGCGCGGCCUCGCCUCGCAAGAUCUCGGUGCCCAGGUCCCACGCCGCGCACCCCACAGACACGUACCCAGACGAGAGCGAGGUGCGUAUCCGCAAGGCACUGGAGGUCUUCCUCCCGUCUUUUGUCCAGAAGCCACUGUUCGAUCGUGCGUUGUGUUGGUGCAACGACACACCUGACGCCGCGCUCCUCGUGUGCGAGCACCCCCGCUGGAAGAAUUUCGUCCUGGCGACGGGAGAUAGUGGGCACACGUUCAAACUGCUUCCCAACAUUGGGUCACAUGUUGUGGAGUUGUUAGAGGGGAGACUGAGUGCGGAGUUGGCGGAAGCAUGGAGGUGGAGGCCGGGAAGUGGCGAUGCGGUCAAGAGUCGACGGGCGGCGAGGGCGAAGGAUUUGGGGGACUUGAAGGGUUGGAAGCAUGACGCCAGGGAGAAGCUUUGA